ACACUUUAUAAACGUCUGUUCGUUAAAAUGGCCGGACAAGAACCUGCCAUUCAGGAAAUGUUUGUUGACCAGACCGCUGUCGAAAACGAUACUGCUAUGACUUCAGAUGCUCAAGCUGGGGCAUCUGUGGCAGGAGAAACCGUGAAAGCUGCCGACGGAACCGUUGAGUCUUCUUCAGAACAGCAAACUACGGCAAACGAUGAAUCCACUGGUGCACCAGCUAUCAGCAAGCGUGCGCAAAAGCGCGCCAUCAAGUUGGAACGGAUCAAGGAGCAGCAGAAGCAGAAGAAGCAACAGAAGAAGGAGGAGAAGGCUCGCAAGCGUACUUUGAUUGAGAGCGGUGAACUGGCGGAAGAACCACCCGCUAAGAAGGCAAAGACGCCGAGGCCAUUUAUCCAGCAAGAGCCGAGUAAUGUUGGUAUCAUUAUCGACUGUAGUUUUGACGACAAGAUGACAGAUAAGGAAAUUGUGUCGCUAUGCUCUCAACUCACUCGCUGUUAUUCCGACAAUCGGAAAGCCAAACAUCCGGUGAGACUCUCCAUGACAUCCGUGGACAAGAGACUUGGCGACCGUAUGCAUACCGUCUUCAGAGAUCAGCACAAGAACUGGAAGGAUGUCAAGGUCACAUCUGAACCUUAUGAGCUUCCUCCACAGGAACAGCGUGCCGACGGUAACCUGGUUUAUCUUACGGCCGAUUCUGAGACGACGAUCACCGAACUUGACGAGAACAAAUCUUACAUUAUUGGUGGUAUCGUGGAUCGUAACCGCUACAAGAGCCUUUGCUUCAACAAGGCUAAGGAGCAAGGAAUUCCUACGGCAAAACUUCCCAUUGGACGUUUGCAAGCAUCUAAAGUACUUACCGUCAACCAGGUCCUGGAGAUCAUGUUGAAGGCAAUCGAGCUCAAAGAUUGGGACAGAGCUUGCAAGGCGGUCAUUCCUCAACGAAAGCAACUUGUGGAAGGUGAGAAUGCAGAGGAUGAAGCGGAGGAAGAAUACGACGGUUGUGAAGAGGAAGAACAAGGUAACGAGGUUCCUGCUGGGAACUCUGAAGCUGGCGAUGACGGUCAAACCGAGGCAGGUAUCGUGGAGGCUGUGCCUGUUGCGACGACUUCUUAGUUAUAUCCGCU